AUGGGUGACGCUUUGGACCAUCUCGCCAACCGGACCAAGUUGGAAUGGGGUUGCAACCUCAAUAUCAACUAUCAGCCCAAAAAGAACCACCGCAGAACGAGCAUCAUCUGCACCAUCGGUCCCAAGACCAAUUCUGCUGAGAAGAUCACGAUGUUGAGAAAGGCUGGUCUUAAUGUGGUCCGGAUGAACUUCUCCCAUGGCUCAUACGAGUACCAUCAAUCCGUCAUUGACAACGCACGACAAUCGGCCAAGGACUACGAGGGCCGUCCCGUCGCCAUUGCCCUCGAUACGAAAGGACCCGAGAUCCGGACCGGAAACACGCCAGGAGACAAGGAUAUUCCGAUCAAGGCUGGCCUUGAACUGAACAUUACUACCGAUGACCAAUAUGCUACUGCCAGCGACGAUAAGAAUCUCUACGUCGACUACAAGAACAUCACCAAGGUGAUUGACUCUGGCAAGUUGAUCUAUGUGGACGAUGGCAUCCAGUCAUUUGAAGUCAUCAACAUCGUCGACGACAAGACAGUCCGUGUGCGUGCACUCAAUGACGGACAGAUCUCGUCCCGCAAGGGUGUCAAUCUGCCCGGCACCGACGUUGACCUACCCGCGCUUUCGGAAAAGGAUAUUGCCGACCUUCAAUUUGGUGUCAAGAACAAGGUCGAUAUGGUCUUCGCUUCUUUCAUCCGUAGAGGUGAGGAUAUCAAGCAUAUCCGCAAAAUUCUUGGCGAAGCCGGCAAGGAGAUCCAGAUCAUCGCAAAGAUCGAAAAUCAGCAAGGCAUGAACAACUUCGACGAAAUCCUCGAGGAGACGGACGGUGUCAUGGUUGCACGUGGCGACUUGGGCAUUGAGAUUCCUGCCGCGAAAGUCUUCAUCGCCCAAAAGAUGAUGAUUGCCAAGUGCAACAUGAAGGGCAAACCCGUCAUUUGUGCAACUCAAAUGUUGGAGUCUAUGACGAACAACCCCCGACCAACUCGUGCUGAAGUCUCGGAUGUUGCCAACGCUGUUCUUGAUGGUGCUGAUUGUGUGAUGUUGUCCGGUGAGACUGCCAAAGGCAGCUAUCCCAAGGAAGCUGUGGCAAUGAUGCACGAGACCUGCCUGUUGGCGGAGGUUGCCAUCCCCUAUGCCAAUGUGUUUGAUGAGCUGAGGACCACCUGUCCUCGACCUAUUGAUACUGUGGAGUCAAUUGCAAUUUCUGCUGUUGGAGCAAGUAUGGAAUUGAAUGCUGGUGCAAUCCUUGUUCUCACCACCAGUGGACACUCCGCCCGGCUGCUGUCGAAGUACCGUCCAGUGUGCCCCAUUAUCAUGGUCACGCGCAAUGCCGCUGCCUCUCGAUAUGCCCACCUCUAUAGAGGAGUGUACCCAUUCUUGUUCCCCGAGCAAAAGCCAGACUUCAGCGGUGUAGAUUGGCAACAGGACGUCGACAAGCGUCUCAAAUGGGGCAUUGCAAAGGCCAUCAAACUCGGCGUCCUCAGCCAAGGCGACAGCGUGGUGUGUGUUCAAGGAUGGAGAGGUGGCCAGGGCCAUACCAACACCAUCCGUGUCGUGCCUGCGGAAGAGAAUCUGGGUCUUAUUGAGUGA